AUGGCGCUACAUGUAUACCUUGUCCUGGUUUUUAUUCUCCUCACGACUCAUGGAGAACAGACACAGACCGGAAUCUGUAAAGACGUCUUACAGGGUUACCUGACAGGGAAACUUUCCUAUCAGGUAGAGGCCCUAAAGCAGGAAUUCAAAAGCUUCAAAGACGUCAUCAACGUCAUUGAGGAAUCGAUGAAAAAGUUCAAGGACGCAGUUAACGCUAGCAUACAGGAAGGAGGUAUUGCAAACAGAGACAUUAUAUAUACAAGAUGGGGAAAGAAAAAGUGUCCUUCAAACGCAAAAUUAGUCUAUUCAGGAUUCGUCGGAGGAUCGCAUGCUGGUCAUAAAGGAGCAGCUGUAGAACCUCUUUGUUUACCGAGGGACCCAGAGUGGGGGUUGUACAAGGAUGGAUUUGAAGGAGCUAAAGCUUAUAUAUUCGGAGGAGAGUACGAAGCAAACACCUUCACAGGUCACUUUACGUCACUCCAUGAUCAUAAUGUACCGUGUGCUGUGUGUCUUGUUCAAAAAAGAUCUGUAGUAAAAAUGUUCCCAGCAAGAAAAACCUGCUUCAAAGGCUGGAAACUGGAAUAUCAGGGCUACCUAAUGGCUGGACACCAUAAUCAGCAAGCUGGUUCCACAUACACGUGCGUUGACAAGAAUCCUGAGACCCUGCGUGGCGGCCAUGCUGAUGAAAAUGGCUACCUGUUUUAUUUCGUAGAAGCUCAUUGCGGUUCACUGAAAUGUCCACCAUAUUUUCAGGGAAGAGAAAUUGUAUGUGCGGUUUGUUCCAAAAAGUAA